AUGAGCGUGGCCUCCAGUGAAGACCAAGACGCUUUGGGAGGUAGCAACUCUCACUACACUUCAGCCCACUGCUCUGGACAAGUGGAUCUGGGUAAAACCUUUGCGCGGAACUGCGAGACUGCGGAGAAGUGGCGUUUCGCCUACACCGCUGGCAGCGAGAUCCCAUUGGGCAGCACAGCAUAUGGUGGACAGGUGGAGAAUUGGCAAACUUGUCUGGAUCUUUGCUCCGAAACUGAGGCCUGUCAACAAGUAGUCUUCAGCAACGGCCACUGCUGGGGCAUGAGCCAACGAUCUUCGCAAGAUCAGGAUGGCAUCGGCGGCAAUAAUACGAAUUGGAUCUCUGCACAUUGCUAUGGUGAGAUGUGCCCGGAGCUUCCCAUGGGGGAUCGCUUUGUGGACCUGGGACCCUGGCGCCUAGCUGCCUGGGAUGACGAGCACCUGUCGAUCGCCAACCGGGUAGGCCGCAAGGCCAUUGUGUUCCGUCAAGAUGGUGCAAUUUUGCACUCUCGAAGUGAUCUUUUGGCAUUUGAGCGGUCUGUGUCGGCUCCAUAUCACGUCCUUUUCGGAUUUCAAUUUAUUCAAAUUGGGCAGUUCCGCAUAGGGGCCGUGAACGACACUUGCUUCUCCAUUAGCCAUUCAAACGGCAACACCAUCCAGGCCUUUUGGUCGGGAGGCGGCAACUUUGUCGGACCUUUGAGAGAUCAAGGCACCGAUGCGUGGGACCGACCGCAGAGUGCGGCCGAAGGCAUUGCUUUUGGCGACAGGUUCUUGCAGUUCGGGAAGUUCCGUUUGGCCGUUUUGGACACCAGUGAGGAAUCUCCCCUGGUGCUGUCGCAUAGCGCUGGAGUCAGCAAUCAGUAUUGGAGGUCGGAUGGUACUAGCCAUGCUAGCAGUGAUUCCAGCCAAGACUGGUCCAGCGUGAUGGCCUUGCCUGGUGCUCAUUGGGAAUGUCAGGGCCUGGAUGAGUUGACCUUCGGCGCCUGUUCCAAUUUCGGUGGCUUUGGGGAUCGCUUCAUCGAGCUUGGCAAGUGGCGUUUGGCGGCCAUUGAUGAGACACACUUCAGUAUCUCGCAUCAGGACGGUCAAACGCCGCAAAUCUUCCGCGCGGAUGGGGUGAUGAUCUCUGGACGCACAGACUACAGCGCCUGGCAUCGGCCCAAGGGAUUUCCCUCAGGGAUCACAUUUGGAAGUGCCUUCAUCCAAAUUGGCAAUUUUCGACUGGGAGAUGGUGAUGGAAGAACAACUGGUCCUGCCACCGGAGUGGUCUAUGGUGAUCGGUUCCUCCAAAUUGGCCAGUGGCGAUUGGGUGCCUUGAACGACGAUACCUUUGUGGUGGAACAUUCUACGGGGCACACGGUGCAAACCUACUACAGUUGGAACGAGAUGAAAUCAGGAGGACUGAGUGGCUACCAUGGUAUCCUCUACACCCUGCGAUACUCGGAGUUCCACUGCGGGCCGAUUCAAAGCAUCUUCGGCUCCUGCGUCGGGAUCACCAUGGGCAAGUCCUGGAUCCAACUAGGUGACUGGCGCAUCGGUGACUUCGAGGGAACCUUUGGCAUUGCGCACAAGGACGGGCGCACGGUGCGAUACUUCGCGUCGGAUGGCAGCGCCUUCCAGGGUCCUACGAGUUAUUUCAACACCUGGGCCUUGGAGGCCAAAGAUGAAAAGCACUCCGAGGUUACCUUGGGAGAUCGUUUCAUCCAAAUGGGCCCUUGGUGGCGACUGGGAGCGGAUGAUCACACGCUGAGCCUUACGCAUGCAGGUGGAAAUACAGCAAUGAAGUGGUCGUCCAGCGGCAUUGCCACCGCGGGCCCCGGCUUAGCGUCCGAGCUCUCCCUCUGGACGCGUGGCGCAACGGCCGGUGGCGUCGGCUUCGGGGAUCGCUUCAUGCAGGUGGGGAAGUUCCGGAUUGGAGAUGUUGACGGGAAGCAUCUGGCGGUGUCCUACGAAGGAACCGUUGCGGAGCUCUUCCGCAAUGAUGCCUGGAUUGCGUCCGGCCCACGCAACGACUUGACCACCUUUGGUCGGCCAUUGGAGGAAUGCAGCCUCUUCUGAAACUCUCAGCGAUGCAACCCUGGGCCCGUGUGGCUUUGCAGACAAUGUGUCUCAAAGAACAUAGAUGCCUGGCGGUUUCAACACACAAGAAAC